AUGGAGCCUUACAAAGCAAUAAUUCUCAUCGGAGUUACUGUUUUCUAUUAUGCAUUCUCCGGCGGCGUAUCCAACGUCCAAGGCAUCGGUCGUUCAGUAAAGGAUGAUACAUCCCAAGUCCCUGCUUCCUCACCUGAGGCUUCGCUUCUCGAACCGCCUGUAUCAUCAAUCUCAGCCGUCCCAGCCUCCGCACCAGCCCCCACCUCAGAUGACGUAAGCUCCGGAUCUUCAACUUCCAUUACGGCGACCUCCGCACCCGGACCAUCCCAAGAAGACAUCGACAUCGACUUCGACUCCGUCACAAACAUAGCAGAUCUUGCUCCCAAAUUCGAGCACAUAAACAAUUUCGAUUUCUCGUCCAUGAAGAUAGACACGACGGCGAAAGAUCUCUGCAAGAACACAGACUACAACAACGAAUGCAUCGCCGCGAUUCUUCCUGAUUUACAGAAACGAGACGGCGAAGGAGGAGGAGGAGGAGGAUUCGAGGCCAAGGAUGUGAUGCGAAUGGAAGCCGAGUCUCUGUUUAAAAAAGCAAACGCGACUCUCGAAUACGCAAAGCGUGUGAUGGAAGAUAGCAAAACGCCGAUGACGGUGAAAGAGGCGAUGAGUGUCUGCGUCGAGAAUUACGAGUCGUUUGUAUCGAGCCUUGAAGACGCGAGGAUGGCGAUGGACGGUGGAGAUUACGGGAGAUUGGAUUCGGUUUUGAGCGCGGCGAUCUCCGAUGUGUCGACUUGCUCUGAUAUAUUCGUGGAUGUUCCGGGUGUUGAUUCGCCGACGGCGUCUCUAGAUGAGCUCAUGAAGAAGCUUUGUAGCAACGUUUUGGCCAUGUCUCAAAAGGUUCAAAACCGUUAGAUUGAUCUACGUGAUCGUCGAAAUUUUGGAAAUUCAAAAUUUUGAUUACUACGUUUGUAUAUAAUUUUAUGAUUACUCGUCUUUUUACAAAUUUUACCAGGUAAACCAAAAUUAGUUACAUUCCAAACUUUUACUCAUUUGACAUCAGCAAGUUUCAAGUAAAUAUAUAAUCAACAUUCAAAUUUGAUUGUUUGUU